CGCGAUAUACGCGUGGCUUAUCAGUCGUCAUGAUUGACUCUUACCAGUCGAGGGUGUACGAGAAGAAAUUGAGAUAAUUAAGAUGCAUAUGUGGUACUGGUUUGGUACGGAUCUGAGCAAUUUUUUGUUUCCGGGAUAUAAUGUUAAUACGAUAUGGGGUUUGGUGGCGACAUGCUUUGGCUUAGCUGCCCUCGCAGUUCUGUACGAAGCCAUGAAGGUCUCCCAGAUCCACCUGCAACAGACUGUGAUUAGACCCAUAUCUCGAACAACCUCGGCCUCCUCAGAAAACUCGUCCCUCCUAUCCAGAGUCACGCCAAAGAACUUUAGAUCAUACACAAGAUGUGGAAACUGCUCAAGAUGGACACUGCAAAUGUUGCAUUGGUCUCUUCAUACUACGCUCGGUUAUAUCCUGAUGUUAGCUGUUAUGACAUACAACGCAUAUAUCACCAUCGCCCUUGUAAUCGGAGCGUGCAUUGGAUACGGCAUAUUCGGUCCUACACUUAUACAAUUAAACAUGCAAUAUUUUCAUCGUAAACAAGCAGUUGUGGAAUGUGAUAAGAAUUGCGAAGAUAUUGUCGCGAAUCUACAGAGACGCGAAUCUGCUGUCUCUAUCGUUGCGGAACAAUUAGUUACAGAAGCAAAUAUCGAGAUUCACUUACAGAGAGAUGCAUGAGUAUGACAUCAAUUAUUAUCUAGAAAAGUCUAAUAUUAUUUAGGAUAUUGUUAUUGUUAUCAUAUAUUAUAUGU